CCUCCUCAGGUUGGUAAGUACUAAGUAGUACACAGGAGAGAUAAGGAAGGAGAAAACAAGAAGGAAGUUGAAAAUGGCGAAUCUCAGCUCAGCAAUUGACGCAGUGUUCUGGGACCAUAACCUCUCUUCACCGCAAACCCUCGAAGGCACAGCUCGUUCCGUUCCCGGCGAGCCGUUUCCCGUCGACGGUGCACGAGCCAGCCGCUCUCACCGUAUUCAGCAGCUCUCUCUCCUCCGCGAAGGCUUCCCCCUCGGAGUCAUCCCUGCUUUUGCUCCUUCUUCCGACAAGAGACUCGGCUCUUUCUCUCUCAAUUCCCUCUUGCUCUGUCCUUCCUCUUCAAACUGGUGGGCAGGCUUGGUUGGGCAGUUCAAGCCAAAGAAGCUCUUUGCUGAUAUCAAAACAAGUAUCAGCAAGGCAGAGGAAUGGGAUCUCCAGCUUUUCAAGGAUACAACAAAACACAUUGUAGACAAAUCUCUUUACUCAGUUGGUCUAUGGACUCAGAUUGCAUUGGGCUCUUCUUCCUCUCUCUUGCUCAGCGCUGAGCGUCUUGGCGAUAAAGAAGGGAUCAGAAAGAAGCUCAUGUUUGUUCAUCCGCUUGAGAAACAUGAUCUCACUGUGGAAGCAGCUUGGCCAGACCUGUUUCUGGACCAUAAGGGACGGUUCUGGGAUGUUCCUGAGUCGUUAAACUUCGAUGUCUCAUCGCUUGCUCCAGAGACGACCGGGCUUCACUACCGUUUUGCUGUACACAAAAGCAAGGGCCAUCCUCAGCAAGUGAACGCUGCUGAGACUAAUGGCGAUGCUCCUCCUGCUUCUUUGUUCCCUGGCUUAUGCGCCAAGGCUGCAGUUUCAUACAAAGCAAGCAAAGACUUAUGGAGGCCUAAAGAGAAAGAUGACAACACAAAGGAAGAAGAAGAAGAUGAUGAGGAUGAGUCACCUGUCUUUCUUCCUUACGACAUACGCCUCAAGGAGCCUCACGCAGCAGUUUCAGGGAUAGUAGGAAGCACCUUGGCAGCUUGGAUCACAGGCCGAGACACGAAGAGGAGGAGUCCGAUAACUGCAGAUGCGUUUGGUUCUGCGUGUUGUACGUUUCAGAAAGGGAGGUUUAGUAAGCUGUAUGGUGAUUUAACGAGGGUAGAUGCUCGUGUGGACGUUUCCUCAGCUUCUGCUCUUGCUAAAAGAAUCUUCCAUGCUAUUAAAAGAUCUUCAGGGAGUAACAAAACAGAUGAUGACGCGUCAGGCUCUCCGAGGCUCAGCUUGAUAUUCCAGCAACAGGUUGCAGGGCCAAUCGUUUUCAAAGUGGACUCACAGUUUGAGGUAGGUGCAGGGAAGUAUGGUGCACAGAUGGAGGAUUUGAUUUACAGUUUGAACUACUCGUUGAGGCUUCUUGAGUCUGGGAAAGUGGUGGCUUGGUACUCACCAAAGAGGAAAGAAGGCAUGGUUGAGCUUCGAGUUUUUGAGUUUUAAAAUAUUUAGUUUCCUUAUCACUUUGUUGUAUCAGAAGAUGCCAUGUCAUGGCACAUAUUGGUUCAACUAGUUGAAGAUACUUUUAUUUAAAUGAUUUCAAAUGA